GACCAGGUUCCCAGAAGGAGCACCACGGCUGGAGUGCCCUCGGCUUCAGAAGAUGGGGUUCUGUAUCCUGUUGUUCUUAGCCAAUGUCCUCCUAACUUCAUGGUUCUCUUUUGCCAAAGGGGAAGGGAUAUAUUGUAAUUUUCCAAAUAUAAGACAUGGAAUAGUGUACGAUGAAAAGAAAUAUGAGCCAUUUUCACUGGUUCCUGGUGGGAAGAUUUUAUACUACUCCUGUGAAUAUAAUUUUGCGUCUCCUUCAAGUUCCUUCUGGAAUCCCAUAAUUUGCACAGAAGCAGGAUGGUCACCAGUUCCAAAGUGUCUAAGGCUAUGCUUCUUUCCUUCUGUGGAAAACGGUCAUUCUACAUCUUCAGGUCAAACACGCAAAGAAGGUGAUAUUGUACAAAUUGUUUGCAAUCAAGGCUACAGCCUUCAGAAUAAUCAGAGCACCAUCACCUGUGCUGAACAAGGCUGGUCCAGUCCUCCCAAAUGCAUUUCCCCCAAUAAUUCCUGUGUGAAUCCACCACAUGUGCCAAAUGCUGUUAUACUAACAAGGCACAAGGAUAAAUAUCCAUCUGGUGACACAGUACGUUAUGAAUGUAAUAAACCUUUUGAACUAUUUGGGGAUAUGGAAGUGAUGUGUCAAAAUGGGAUUUGGACGGAACCACCGACAUGCAAAGACUCAACAGGGAAAUGUGGGCCUCCUCCACCUAUUGACAAUGGAGACAUCACCUCCUUGUCAUUACCAGAAUAUGCACCAUUAUCAUCGGUUGAAUAUCAGUGCCAGAACUAUUUUUUACUUAAGGGAAAUAAGAUAAUAACAUGCAGAAAUGGAAAGUGGUCUGACCCACCGACCUGCUUACAUGCAUGUGUGAUAUCAGAAGAUAUUAUGGCAAAACAUAAUAUAGUUCUCAGAUGGAGGGAAAAUACAAAGACUUAUUCCCAAUCAGGGGAGAAUAUUGAAUUCAUGUGUAAACCUGGAUAUAGACAAUUCAGAGGAUCACCUCCAUUUCGUACAAAGUGCAUUGAGGGUCACAUCAAUUAUCCCACUUGUGUAUAAAAUUGCUAUACAAUUAUUAGUAAACCUUAUGGAUGAACAUUUGAUUAGAAAUGCACAUACAUAUUACUAAUACAGUUUGAAUUUACAUUUGAAAUAUUGUUUAGCUCAUUUCUUCUAGUAAGUAUAUAAACUUUUUUGUUAUAUGGUGAUUAAUCUUAGCAACUGUUGCCACAAUGGAAGAAGACUGAAUUCAAAACUUCUAAUCCAAAAUACGACAUGUCCAAGGACAAACUAUGUCCAAGCAAGAAAAUAAAUUCUUCAAUUUCUGUUUCUGUUCAGAACUUUUCAGAUUUUCAUGGAUACCUUUUAAUGUAAGGUUCUGAUUCACAGUUAGUAGAAACAUACUGACUCUGGCUUCAAAUUAGUAUUAUGUCCCAAACAUAUAACAACCAAACUAUCAUAUAUAAUAUCACAAAUGGAUAUAGCUAAGUACUCUAAGCUACUUUUGUAUCAAUAAAGAAAUGUAAGAAAGUUCUUGCAUAUGAACUUCUAAUACUUCAUACAUUGAAAUAAUAAAAUAUUCAAAUAAUUAUACAAAGGGAUUAAAUAAUUUCCUAAGGAUAUGACUCUAUUACUGUAAUAAUAUUUACAUUUAAACUAUAAAUAUUUUGGAUCACUUAUAAACAGGUAAUGAGUAUUGUCUUAGGGUUUUACUGUUUGUAAGAGACAUAUUAACCAAUAAAACUCUUAUGAAUAAUAACAUAUAAUUGGGACUGGUUUACAAGUUAACAAAUUAGACCAUUAUCAUCAUGGUGGAAAGUAUGGAAAUUUUUAGGCAGACAUCAUGCUGGCAAAGACACUGAGAAUUCUACAUCUGGAUCCAUAAACAGCAGAAGACCAUGUGCCACACUGAGUAUAGCUUGAGCAUAGAAACCUUCAAAAUCUGCCUCCACAGUGACAUACUUCAUCCAUCAAGACCACACCUACUUUAACAAAGCUAUAUAUCCUAAUGUUGUCACUUCCUAUGGAUAAGCAUUCAAGGACUUGAGUAUACAGGCCAUAGGUAUUGAAACUACCACAUACACAUGUACCCAAAUUAAUAAAAAAGUAAAAUAACAAUAAACACACUUUAAUUUAUUAAAACUACAGUUAUCUUUAGAGUUCAUAUUGUUAAGGGUUGUUAUUCAUUAUCCUAAAAUUGUUUCUUACAGUGUAUGGACAUCUCUUAUAAAUAUUUUGAUAGAGAAAACUGAUAUUUAUUCAGCAAAUACUGAGUGUUUAAUUUUGUAUAUAUAACCUUUUGUUCAUAUACAUAUACACACGUAUAAAUAUAUAUUACAUACACAUUAACUACACAUUUAUACGCAUAUAUAAUAGGCAUAUUAUAUAUGUUUAUAUACAUAUAUAUAUGUAUAUGUUUAUAUAAUAAGACAGUCUGAGAAAGAGAAGGAGUAAUUCACAAUAGUUCCUGUUUAACUAAGGUAACAAGUCAACAUUUCAAAAAUCUCUGUUACUGAUUAAUAAUCUGUUAGGUAUUUAAAAUAAAUUUAAUCCAACCCUG